CUGGUUAGGUGCAUGACGUGUCUGCUAGAAAAGUUCAUUUCUAAGUUCGUUGGAUUUCAAAUUUCGUUGUUCUAAAUCGAAAGGUCCGUGUGGAUUUGAAUUUGAAUUUUUCAGAGGACGAAAGGAUUGUGUCAAAACUUUCCUGAAGGUGAUAACAGUAAAUAUUAAAAUGAGAUGAUAUUUAUGUACUAAAUUCGUUCUUUUCUGAACUAUUACAACAAAACAAAGAACAGAAUUAUCAUCACAUCGCGGAACUAAAACUAACAAAAUAAAAGAUCUCCCCAGAAGUAGAUUAGCUUUCACUUUGCACCCCAAAAACCACUGAACAGCUACAGGACCAGCGAGGGCGUCCUACUUUAAAACCAUAAACAUGGCUCUCAGUCAAAUACAAGAAUUUUACAAAAACCAGACAGUUUUUAUAACCGGAAGCACCGGCUUGUUAGGAAAACUUGUUCUUCGGAAAUUAUUAACCACAUGUGAACCGAAAAAAAUAUACCUUCUUAUAAGACAACACAAAGAAAAAUCGGCAGAGGAAAGACUUGAAAUUCUCCUAGAGAGAGCUGACUUGAGACGGGAUAAAUCGGAAUUCAAAGGGAAAAUUUUUGUUAUCGAAGGAGACUGUAGUGUACCUGGAUUAGGAAUAUCACACGAUGAUAGAGAGACUCUAGUAAAUGAAACGACUUGUAUUAUACACAUUGCAGCUAUUGUAAAAUUUAGCGAGCAUUUACGACUGGCUGCAUAUGUUAAUGUUCGCGCUGUUCAAGAUCUCCUUCAUUUGGCCAAACAAGUUCGUGACUUAAAGGCUAUGGUGCACGUUUCCACAGCGUACUCAAACUGUAACCAAAAAGAUUUAAUAAAGGAACAAUUCUAUGAGCCUGGAAUGACAGCCACAAAGCUCUUGAAAAUGCUGGAGUCAACGGAUGACGAAACAAUAACAAACACCACUCCAGAACUUCUAGGUUCUUGGCCCAACACCUACACAUUCACCAAAGCUGUGGCCGAAAAUGUUAUCAAAACCGAAGCUCAAGAUUUGCCAGUUUGUAUUGUCAGACCGGCGAUUCUGAUGGGCGCCUUCCAAGAACCUGAACCAGGUUGGCUGGAUGCAAUUCAAGGUAUCACUGGCUUUCUCAUAGGCGCGUUUCUAGGUUUGAUACAUUGCCUCCUAGGCGACACUAAACCUAUAAACCUGAUACCAUCUGAUUACACAGCUAAUCUUACUUUGGCGGCUGCGUGCUACGCAACAGAGAAAAGUUCCCCUCUACCGAUCUACAACUAUACAGGUUCUGAGAAAAAUCAGUUAACGAAAGCUAAGUUCUACGAGCAUGGAGAAUUAACAGCAAAACUCUACACCAGCGCGCAUGUCGUUAAUGUCUGCUUUGUGAUUUUUACCACAAACAAGUACUAUCUUAAAUUCCUCCGAUUCUGGCUUCAUCUCGUACCAGCCUACAUCGUCGAUCUGGUUUGCUUGUGUCUUGGAAAAAAACGAAGAUUCGUCAAAAUGUACCAAAAAAUACACAAAAUCUGUGACGAAUUAGCGUACUUUAGUGCGAAUUCUUGGAAAUUUGAAACGGCCAAUUGCGAUAAAUUGUGGAAAUCUUUGAAAGAAAAAGACCGGGAGUUGUUUCCGUUCAACAUGGAGAACUUGGCGUGGAGGAGUUUUUUAGAAAGUUGUGUAAUAUAUUCAAGGAUUCAUCUCUUAAAAGAUCCGAUGCAUACUGUACCUCAAGCCCAACGAAAACGAAAAUUCAUUGCAUUCGUAUAUUAUUGUAUGGCUUUUGCACUCGUGAGUGUCCUGUGGCAUUUAUUUUGAAGUGUUAUAGUAAUUUGUUGUUUUUUAUUUUUCAUUAUUUAUUUACGCAGAUUUUGUUAAAAACAUUGUGCACGUCACUUUUUAAACGUAAAUUAUUUUAGCCACACCUACCACGAGCUAUAUUGCAACAUUUUGGUGAAUUUAUAGUGACAAAUUAAAGAAAAAAAAAAGACUGAAAUAGAAAUAGAGCAUUGUCCUCCUAAAUGAAGUGUGACCGUCUGCGAACUUGCAACAAAAAUGUCAAAUUCCCUGCAGAACUGGUUAGAUGCAUGACGCAUUUGCUAGAAAAACUAUAAAGAUCAAUUGUAAGUUCAGUCAAUUUGAAAUUUUUUCAGUAAAAAACGAAUUGUGUUAAAAUUUUAAGAAAGUGUCAAGUGGUGUUUGUUUUUUUGGUUAGUGACUAAUACCGUUUUGUGCCAUCACUGAAAAAAAAAAUUGCACACGAAAGAGAAGUGAGUCCAUGACUAAACUGAAAAGUUCGAGUUUUAAUUUUGCCAUAAAAUUUAUAAACCCUUCAUCCUUUGAAGUCUCCAAAUAACACGUAUACAUCAUACCUAAAUGCAAAAAACACAUUAAAACAUUUUGUUUAUUUCUGGACAACAUCGUAAAGAAGAACAGAAUAACCAUCACGUUGACAAUAUCGCAAAAGUAGGUUAUAGAGCUUUCGCUAAACAGUCAAGAGCAACUACAGCGGCGCUCUAUUUCAAAACGAUUAACAUGACUCUGCGCCAAAAACAGGCAUUUCACAAAAACCAUACGAUCUUUAUAACCGAAAAUAUUGGCAUGUUGGGGAAAUUUGUUCUGCGGAAAUUGUUAAUCAUAUGUGAUCCGAAGAAAAUGUAUCUUCUUAUAAGACAACACAAACGAAAAUCGGCAUGCAAAGUCUGCUCUCAAAUGAGCAAAGGACUUUUUUUGUAGAGUCUUGACCUUGUUGUAGCUAAGAUUUAUUCGGUUUAGUCCUGGCAUAUUUCUCAUUGCUUGUCAAUUUCAUGUUUCUGUCUGAUUGUUGGAUAGGCUUCAUAGAGCUAAAAACUCUGCUGUGAUUGAAGAAAUUAAUCUCCGAAGAUCUGAUCUGAUCUUAAUUUAUAACAACAAUGUUGCUCAAAUCACUGGUACUAAUAAAGGAAGAACGAGUCAAGAUUGAAACUAAUUUCGUCAUCCAAUUACUUUAAAUUUUCUCAAUGUUCAUACCAAAAUGGUAGAGGCUUGAGAUGUAAAUGUGUAAAAUUUUUCUUUCAGUACCUGCAAGUGAAUAUAACUUUAUAACAGUCACCGAGACAUGGAUCACACCGGAUAUCUCCAGUAGUGAAUUAUUUCCAGGUAACUUUGUUAUUUAUUGACAGGAUCGAAAUUUUAAUUCUCUUAAUGUAACUACAGGUGGCGGCGUUCUUCUAUUGUUGAUAACUUCUACAACUUGAUCUAUCUUCUCUCACAAUUUUGGUUCCAAGCAUUGACAUUGUUGGUGUUAAAAUUACGGGUAAAUUAAAAUU